CUUCUUAGUUAAUUCAAAUCCAAAAGUUUUCUUCCUACUGUUGUUGUUGUUGCUCUCUCUCUAUUUCUCUUUCACUGCAAUGUGCAGGAACAAACCCAUAACUCGAUCUUUGUUCAUGAGUCUUCCUAUCUGAGAACUCAAAAUCCACAAAAUUCCAUUGAAAUGCGGGCCCUCACUUCCUUGAUCUUCGCUUUAGUAUCCGUCGUUUUGUCGGCGACGGUGGUCUACUCCGGCUUCCCCGUCCAACGUCUCUCUCUGCAGAGAGCCUUCCCUUCAUCUCGCUCUAUCGAACUUGAAACUCUCAGAGCUCGGGACCGUCUCAGGCAUGCCAGAAUCUUGCAAGGUGUCGUCAGUGGCGUCGUCGACUUCUCAGUCGAAGGUUCUUCCGAUCCGUUGCUCGUCGGGCUUUACUUUACCAAAGUUAAAUUGGGCACUCCCCCUAAGGAAUUUACGGUGCAGAUCGACACUGGAAGCGAUAUAUUGUGGGUGAACUGCAAUUCCUGCAAUGGCUGCCCCAGAGCAAGUGGACUUGGAAUUCAACUAAAUUUCUUUGAUGCUUCCAACUCAUCAAGUUCUUCGCUGGUUUCCUGCUCUGAUCCAAUAUGCAAUUCUGCAUUCCAAACAACUGCGACUCAGUGUUUAUCUCAGACUAAUCAAUGUAGUUACACCUUUCAGUAUGGUGAUGGAAGUGGAACAUCAGGUUAUUAUGUAUCUGAGUCCAUGUACUUUGACAUGGUUAUGGGGCAUUCUAUGAUUGCUAACUCUUCAGCUACAGUUGUUUUUGGUUGCAGCACAUAUCAGUCAGGUGACUUGACUAAAUCAGACCAUGCAAUAGAUGGCAUUUUCGGAUUUGGCCCCGGGGAUUUGUCUGUCAUAUCACAGUUAUCAGCUCGAGGGAUAACCCCUAAAGUAUUUUCCCAUUGUUUAAAAGGAGAAGGAAAUGGAGGUGGUAUAUUGGUUCUUGGAGAGGUUCUGGAGCCCGGCAUUGUGUAUAGCCCACUCGUCCCCUCUCAGCCUCACUAUAACUUGUAUCUGCAAAGCAUUGCUGUCAAUGGUCAGACGCUGCCAAUCGAUCCAUCUGUGUUUGCAACAUCAAAUAAUCGAGGAACUAUUGUAGACUCCGGGACAACAUUGGCUUAUCUUGUGGAAGAAGCUUAUACGCCAUUUGUCAGCGCGAUAACUGCUGCUGUUUCCCAAUCUGUGACUCCUACUAUUUCAAAGGGCAGCCAGUGUUAUCUAGUAUCCACCAGUGUAGACGAGAUAUUUCCCAUGGUUAGCUUAAAUUUUGCGGCAGGUGCAUCUAUGGUGUUAAGACCCGAAGAAUAUCUUAUGCAUCUUGGCUUUUAUGAUGGUGCUGCAUUAUGGUGUAUUGGUUUUCAGAAAGUUCAGGAAGGAGUAACAAUUUUAGGAGAUCUUGUUAUGAAAGAUAAGAUAUUCGUAUACGAUUUGGCACGCCAGCAAAUCGGGUGGGCAAACUAUGAUUGUUCUCAAGCUGUAAAUGUAUCGGUCACGUCUGGGAAGAACGAGUUCGUCAAUGCAGGACAGCUGAGCGUGAGCGGCUCAACCCAAGAUAAGCUCCUUCAAUCACUAGCUAUAGAAGCAUUAGCUCUUUUUCUGAGUUUCAUUUUGUUCAUCCACUUCCUGUUUCUGAUAAGCUCCUUCAAUCACUAGCUAUAGAAGCAUUAGCUCUUUUUCUGAGUUUCAUUUUGUUCAUCCACUUCCUGUUUCUGUAACUUUCAACUGUGUAGAUCUCACUCUUCUCUAAUCCCCCAUUCUUUGCACCAAUUGUCUGCCCCUCCAGUCUAUAUUUAUAAUGAUUGGUAGUGGCCGUGUUGUGCUAUUAUUUUUGGACCACGGGAGAUGCAAUAGGUCAGAAAGUUGAACUUGAAGAUAUUCUGUUCCACUACUUAAAUUGGGCAUGUCUUCUUUGGGCUUGAAGUUGGGCCUUCAUCUUGAAGAUAUUCUGUCCCACUACUUAAAUUGGGCCUGUCUUCUUUGGGUUUGGAGUUGGGCCUCCAUUUGUAAAGGGCUCAUAUUUUGAGCAUGCUAGAAUUGUAAAUUAUGUGCUAGCGAGUUGUAGAGAGGUUCAUGGUGAUUGUUCUUGAUGAGUGAUAGCAGAGGUUGUUGUAUUUUAGCCUGAGCAUUUGAACAAAUAUAUUGCUUUAUAUAUAUAAUCUAGAAUAUAAUAUUC